AUGUUUUCCAUCCACCGCGUCGAAGGACAGACCCUCUGCGGCGGGCGUGCCCGCCAGGUCGAGUCAGCUCGUGGGCCUGUCAGGAUAGACAGCACCUCAUACCUGCCUCCGGCUCCUCCCAGCUGUGAAACAGUGGGGUUUCUCAAAUGUGGGAACUGUGGUGAAGUUUCUGAAAAAUGGCAGUAUCUGCGAUUGAUGGACAGUGCUCCCCUGAAAGGAGGCAGAGGAAGCGCCACUAUGGUGCAGAAAUGCAAGCUGUGCUCCAGGGAGAACUCCAUUGAUAUUUUAAGUCAGACAAUCAAACCUUACAACGCUGAAGACAGUGAGAAAUUCAAAACGAUAGUGGAGUUUGAAUGCCGGGGUCUGGAACCGGUUGACUUUCAACCACAGGCAGGGUUUGCCGCUGAAGGUGCAGAAUCUGGCACACCUUUCAAUGACAUCAACUUGUUAGAAAAGGAUUGGAAUGACUAUGAUGAAAAAACAAAGGAAUCUGUUGGAAUCUAUGAAGUUACACAUAAAUUUGUAAAAUGCUAAAGUUCAUACCCCUAAUAAAUCUUGACAUGCUCAUUGAUGAAGGAGCUGUAACCAUGACAGAUGCAGUUUCCUUGGAGUUACUUUUCACAUGGCUGUACUUCAGAAAUGGAAACUGAAGUUGUACUUACUGUCCCAGGAUGUCAGAAUAAAAUAUUUU